AGUAGCCCAGGAUCUUCGGCAGGUCCUGUUUCAGUGCCCAGGAAAGAACUCACUGAGAAACACUGUGACUUUGGAGGACUGCCAUUACAUGUUGGGUUGUGACGAGUAUAAUUAUCUUGCCUCUAGGUAAUGGUGUUAGAAUCAGCCUGAUCUGCGCAACUACCUCCACUUUUCCAGACAGACUUUCCGGACAGGGCACUGGCACAAGAAGGCCUGGACCUUGGACGCAGAAGCGCUGUACGGGUUGUAGUGCCAAUGGCUCGCCUGUUCCCUUGCACUCACUUUGUCCUACUGUUACUGCUGCAGCUAACGUCCGCAUCUGCAGGUGCACUAGAGAGGAUAGAUGGCGCACAUCGACUCACCUGCGACCAGGGCCUGACUGACUGCAGUGUUAAAGAUGUUGCCUUUCCUGGCAUGAAGGGUCCUGUGAAAGUUAGCCGGCUGGAGCUCAGCGUGUUUCUGUGUUGCACCAACGGCCAAUACUGCAAACCCUGCCUGCGAGUCACGGUCUACUUCACAAUCAAAGAUAAACAUGAGGACCAGGAAGUGUCUGGUGACUACAGUGACGAAGAUGACAGCUCUAACCAGAAGGAAUUAAGAGAAGAGAGUCUCCUAGGGAUGCCACGCGGCACAACAGCAGCUUCUGUAACCGUGUGUUACAGCUACCCAAACAUUUUGAAUCGCUGCAAAGAAGUGACAUUUACAUUGAUCCAUUCAGCUCUGGGGGACCAGCACCCUCCUGAGCUGUGGCUGUCCAUAUUGUUGGAGCCAGAGCCAGUACAAUAUGGAAGUCCAGUCAUCGUCCACGCAUUAUAUACCUCCGUUACCACCACUAUCCCCUCCUUAGAAGAUGUUUGUUCCCCUGACCUAGAUGGUGUUGUGAAAGAAUGUGAUGCGCCCAAGCUCAGAGCUGUGAUUGAUAAGAAGAGAGGUGUGGCUGUGCUCCAACUGGACAGUUCUAACAAGACACCAACCAGUGAGAUGGGCAUGUGCCAGAUGUUCGGGACUGGAGAACCUUGCAGAUACCAGAAGUGGAGCCAGAGAGAGAUGAGCAUUCCUUUGAGGUCUAUAGCGCCCUGCCUGUGCUUUCAGGUUUGGUGGAAGGGACAUAAUCUACGCAGAGAGAUCUGCCCCUUCAUGAACAACAAAGAGCUUUUCAGAAGAAUGUGGGACAACAACGUGUCCUUGUCAGUGGAGGAGGCUCAGACAAAGGUGGGGAACGGCACAGUGCUGAGUUGGAACGUGACUGCCCCCUGUCGCCUGGAGGGGGAACUGUGGCUGUGUAGAAGGGGCUCAGCGGGGGGGCAUUGCGAGGAGUUGAAGGGCUCCAGGCAGAGGAUGCACAAGCACACACAUGCCGGGUGGACGCCCACUCUCCACGGACACUGGAAAAGAGGAGAGUUCAUCAAUGUGAACCCUCAUCCUGCUCUGUGUGUCCAGAUGAAAGUACAGGGGAUGGAUACAAAGCUGGAUCCCGUGUGUCCAUUUGCAACACCACGGAACCGAUGGCUCCUGACUCUCCUGAUAGGGCUGCUACUAAUCUGUUUGGCAAUACUUGGGGCCUACGUCAUACAUGGUGCUCUCAAAGGAUACGUGUGGAGAUGGUUGAAAGAUGAGGACAUAAAAGGUGCAGUAGGAGGUGGCCACAUUGUGUUGCUGUACCCUCCUGACAAUGAUCAGGCUGUGCUGGGUCUGGUGUGUCGUCUGGGCUUGUCCCUCUCCUCUCUGGGCUUCAGUGUAUCUCUAGACCUGUGGAGCCAGGCCGAGCUCAGUGUCCUGGGACCAGUUCCAUGGCUCCACUCCCGGCUUGAUCGCCUGCAGAGACAGGGGGGGAAAGUGGUGCUGGUGCUGACCCAGGCAGCCUGGGAGAGGGCUGAGGAGUGGGGCAGUCGGGGCAGCCGGGGCUGGGAGAGGGGUACUCUCUGGGGGAGGGAGUGUGACGAGGAUGGGGAGUCAGGGGUGGGGUGUCGUUCUCCGUAUUCGGAUGUCUUCAGUGCCUCGCUCAGCUGCAUUCUAGCGGACUACUUGCAGGGCCGCGCCGGCGAACGCUUCACCCUUGUGCAGUUUGAGUGUCUGCCUCCCGGCGGCUGCCGCCCCCUACCUGAGCUCUUCAGGGGGCUGCCGCUCUUCAGCCUCCCCUCCCAGAGCCUGGGCUUCCUGACUGAACUGGCUUUGGGGCGAGGUAGGGGGGCAGCAUCAGGGCGACGAAGGCGGGCAGGGGGGCUCAGGGCAGCCUCACGGGCACUGGCUGGGGGGCUGAGAGGGUUUGUGGGGGGUUCGGCAAUGUUACGGCUGGCCGGGCUGCCCCAGGACUGUGUUGGUGCAGGGGUUGAGGACCCCUGGGAGUCUGUGCCGCUGCAGCCAUGUCUCACCACCUUACCGUCCAGCCCUGACAUGCCCAAGACCAGCGGGAUGGACUGGGUCUAAGAGGGCAGGAGAGGCUGAGGAGGAACCAGGAGCCUGUUCCGCAGGAUACUAACUGUGGCACUGACACACUAUAAUCCGAUACUGGACAUUAGAGCUUCAGGAGAUGGUAGUGUCUCAUGUACCUUUGGAGCUACUGUCCAAAGUAGAGCAUGACUUGUUAAUAUUGUAAAUGAUUAACUUUUGUGGUCCUGAAAAACUACUGUCAACUCCAGUUUAAAGAUUGCUCAGUUUGGCUGGGCGGCCAGCUCUAGAGAGGUUCUGGAUGGCUCCAAACUUCUUCCAUUUAUGGAUCCAAAGUUCUGUCCCAUGUACAGUGCCUUCAGAAAGUAUUCAGACCCCUUGAAUGUAUCCACCUUUUGUAAGGUUCCAAUUUAAAUGUAAAAUGAUUUAAAUUAAAACAAUUCCUCAACAAUCUACAAACAAUACCACAUAAUGACGAAGCUAAAAACAGGCUUUUAGAAAUGUGUGCAAAUAAAAUAAAUACAAAUAAAAAACAUACAAAAGUAUUCAGACCCUUUGCUA